UAAGUAUAUAAGCCCAGGUUGGAAAGGGUUAAGGUACAUUCCUUUCAAGCGAAGACAUGAGGGCCUGGUUGUUGUUAAGCUUAGCUGUUGCAGUUGUAUCAGCAACUGUAGAAGAUGAAGCUGUUGUAGAGGCAGCUCCUGAAGAAAUUGAGUUAGAUCCAAAAUCAGGGUUAGAUCCUAACCUUUUCCCCUUCUAUCCCUACCCCUACCCGGAGUAUAGAAACCUAGCUCCUCAACCAUUUCCAGAACAAGAGGCUUUCAACCCAUACCUAGAACAGGAGCUCAGGAACUUUGGAGGUGGACUUGGGGUUCAACUGGGACCUCUUGGAGCUGGACUGGCGGCUGGAGUUGGACCUAAUGGAAUUAGUGGUAACUUGGGACUUGGGUUCAAACAGUAUCAGUAUUAUGGUACUCCAGGAUACUACAAACAAUUCUACAGUCCCAGUCUUACUCAAGCAUACUCCCCUUAUACCUACUCCCAGCAGUCCUACUCACCAGCAGUACAGGCCUAUUCACCUGAGUACUACCCUGUUGAUUCUAGAACAGCUGGAUUUGGAGGCGGGUUCGGAGCAGCACUAGGACCUCUCGGAGUAGGGCUUGCAGGAGGCUUAGGACAAAGAGGAGUCAAUUUCGGAGGAGGAGUGGGUUUCAACCCUCAGUACCAGUACUAUGGUACCCCAUCCGUUUACAAACAGUACUACAGUGCAAGGCCGCUCCAGUAUAUCUCUAGCCCUGCACUCUACAACUACGCCAGUUCUAGAGGAAUAUAUGGUUCAUUAAAUGCAAACGCUGGACCUUUUUCAUUGGGAGCAGGAGGAAAUGCUGCCCUAUCAGGAACUUAUGCCGGAGCACAUUUAGGACUUGGACAGACUGCACUAGCCGCUGGUGCUGGAGGUGGCUUUAAACAAGGAGGUUUUAAUGCCGGUGGAGGAGCCGGAUUCGUAAAUCAACCUCAAUACACUCUCUUCAACAUUCCUUACUAUACAAACCAGUUUACCCGUCCUUAUACACCUAGUUAUAAAUAUUAAUCAAAAUUAUUGAUUUACAAAAAAGUUUUGAUUUUUGACCACCUGGGUAAAAAAAUGGCCAUCAGGUGGCUUUCAAAAUGGUCACCAGGGGGUUUUAAAAAUGGCCAUGCCAAGGGGUUUCCAAACUUGCCGUAAGAUGGGUUCAAUCUGUUAAAAAAAUGGGUUUACAACUGGCUGCAGUUUUCAAAUGCUAUUUUAUUUUAAAAUCCAUGUUCUUCCAAUGCUAUACUUAAAGAUCUCAAAUAAUUGAGUUUUCAAGGCAUUUUCUCAUAUAAUUUAUAUGGUUCAAUUUUCACAUGAAAAUAAACUAUUGAAAUUUU